AAGUGGUUCUCGGAACGCGUGAAUUGUUUUUGGUCAUGCCCGUCACAAGGCAAACCCUUCUUUCCCUCCCUGCGCUCCGGAGACCAGGUGUUUUAGUCUGUACGGCUACGCCCUCUGCUUUGUCCAGUACCCUUCGCCUUUGUUUGUUCGCCUGAGCCAUUGUUUUCUGCGUCUUCCUUUGCUCUGCUCUACUACUUGUGCGAACGAGGCGGCAAAAGUCGAUUGCGAUACCACCGUCACCACCACCACCACGUCCGCCGUUCAGCUCAACCGCCUGCAAUAGUUACUGCUACAAAAUGUAUCGCCGCGAUCCCAUACUUUCGUCUUCACCGCCGCCAGUCGCAUCGCGCGCUUCUCCCCACAGCGACGAGGACCGAGACACCUACGUCACACAGCCUACGCAAAUCCUCGGGGAGCGUUCUCCCUUCUUUGCGGCGCCGUCUGAUAGCACGCAACCCACGCUUAUAGUUACACCACGCGCCCACCCAGUCCAGCCCGCGGCUUCCUCAUCGCAAUUACAAGUCCCGCGUUCCUCGCCCGCCCCUCAGCGUUCCUCGCCGCCUGUUAUGUCGCCUUCGCAAUCGCAACGCCCAUAUGGGGGCUACAGCAAUCCAAUGGCACCCCCAGGCACAGGCUUCUUCCCUCCGCAGGCCGUUCGCAAGCCAGUCGUCGACUUGACCUCGGACGAUCCACCUGUGGAGCGCGACCCGGACGAGGACGAGUCGGAAUACAGGAGCAACAUACCCUUGUCCAAGAUUGAGAUGUCCAUGACAUCGCGGAUUGAGGAGACACCACAGAAGCCGACUUGGGAUCUGUCUAGUUUCAAAUACGGCAGCGAUCAGUCGCGUAAACGGUCGGCAGAACAAUACGGUUCGAGUACGCCACCCAAGCGACAGAAGCCUAUGCAGCAAGGAGGCCCUUCGCGCGCUAUACCUAUAGACUUGACGGAAGAGAAGGAAAUGACCAUGGAGGAUAUUCAUGACUUGGGCAUGUAUGCCAAGGUCAAUCGACUGAGGGCUAUAUACCCUAAUCGCUUUGUCAAGCAGCUGCAUGACGCCUUGACUAAGAGGAAGGGCAAUUUCAAUGAUGCUUCCGAGUAUUUGGCGGACCAAGAGUCAGAGGACGAGCUGCUCCGCUCCUCUCCUCCACCAGGAGUAGCCCGUAAGAUCUCAGCGCCAGUCGUGAAGAAGACAGCGCAACGCGGGUUGAAGCAGCCUGUGCAAUCACUACAGAACAAGUACUCCAAGCUAGGUGCCACCCAAAACAGCCCAGUCAAGAUUGAUAGUCCUGAAAAGGAGCAACCGAAACAGAAGCGCCGACUCAAGAGCGGCAAGGAUCGCAAGAAGGCCGUGUUCUCGCCCUCACCGGAGCCCAUACCCCAACGACCACAACAUCAACCGAAGAAGGAGGCGCCGAUUGUUGUCUCUUCCGAUGAGGAUGAGGGUAUUGCUGCGGAUCUUGUUGUGGAUGAUGACUCGGAUGCAGGUGGUUCAGUGGUGGAAAAUAACUUUGAUGAGAGUGCCUUGUUGAAUUUCUUCAACACCUGUACUGUGGAAGCCAUGGUCGACUUGUCAAGCCACAAAGAAGAUGACAUCAAGGAGAUUUUCAAGCAGCGUCCAUUCGCCUCUCUUGACGCUGUUCGCAAGGUCCAUGUGGAUCUUACGCCAGUGGAGAAGGGAAAGAAGAAGGCGCGCAAGCCACGCAUAACGACUGGUCAACGCCUUGUGGAAUCUACCGAGGGCAUGUGGAAUGCAUACUCCACGAUUGAUUCCGUUGUUCAACAAUGCGAAGCUCUAGGCAAGCCAAUGGUUGCAGGCAUGGCACGGUGGGGUAUUGAUAUCUUUGGUGCUUCUACAGAAGAUGGUGUUGAAUUGACGAGUCUGGACGAUAGUAGCGACACAAACUCUUCUCGUGACUCAGGCUACCAUACCCCUCGGAGUGCCAAUGGCAGCGAUACCGAGUCUAAGAACAUACGAAAGGCGGCUACUCGCACGAAACUCUUGACACAACCCGCGAAUAUGAACGAAGACACUGAACUCAAAGACUACCAGGUCGUAGGCCUCAACUGGCUGAAUCUCCUAUGGAAGACGAAAACUUCGGGUAUUCUGGCCGACGAUAUGGGUUUGGGAAAGACCUGCCAGAUCAUCGCAUUCCUGUCACAUCUUAAAGAGCAAGACGAGGGGAAGCCUGCGCUUAUUGUCGUUCCUGGUUCGACACUGGAGAACUGGUGUCGUGAGUUUGAGCGCUUUUCCAAGACGAUCAACUUUACGCCGUACUAUGGAUCACAGGCGGAGCGGUUCUCUCAUCAAGAGAGCAUUCUUCAUAAUAUCAAGCAGAGGACGUGCGACGUGAUCAUUACGACGUACGAUCUUACCUUCAGGAAGGAGGACCUGGCUUUCCUUAGAAAGUGCAGGCCCGAAAUUUGCAUCUUUGACGAAGGGCAUAUGCUUAAGAACGCGAACACGAUCCGCUACAAGAGUCUGAUGAAGAUUCAAGCGACUUGCAGGAUUUUGUUGACAGGAACUCCACUUCAAAAUAGUCUUCAAGAGCUCAUGUCAAUCCUGGGUUUCCUGAUGCCACAAGUAUUCUAUGGCGAUCAACAGGAGGAGGUUCAGGAGAUGUUGCAAAUCUUAUUCAAACACAAGGCCAAGACGAUGGAGAGCGAUUCACAUAGCUCUUUGCUGUCUGCGCAGCGUAUCCAACGCGCUCGUACAAUGCUGACGCCUUUCAUCCUUCGGCGAAAGAAGGUACAGGUGCUCAAGCACCUGCCGAAGAAGACUUCUCGCGUCGAGUAUUGCGAUCUUACCGAUACACAGAGGACGCUCUACAACGAGCAACUGACCAAGCAGCGCAAGAUCCUUGAAGACCGAGCGGCAGGCAUACCCGUCAAGGACCACGCCAACGUCAUGAUGAAGCUCCGGCAAGCAGCCAUACACCCCCUACUCUUCCGUCAUCGAUACAACAACGAUAAGAUCCGAAAGAUGUCCAAAGCCUGCCUUAAGGAAGACAUGUUUGCCGAAAGCAAUCCAGACAUCAUCUACGAAGAACUAGAGCUGUAUCAAGACUACCAAUGCCACCAACUCGCCUCCAAGUAUCGUGCUCUUAAGAAAUAUGAGCUCAAAGACCACGAAUGGAUGGACUCUGGCAAAGUUUCUGCACUGCUUGCUUUGUUGAAAAAGUACAAAGAAAACGGUGAUCGUGCACUAGUCUUCUCCCAAUUCACUUCAGUUAUGGAUAUCCUCGGCUGGGUCUUUGACGAUCACGACAUUAAUUUCAUGCGCAUGGACGGCUCUACCCCAAUUCAAGAACGUCAGUCGCUCAUGGACGUCUUCUACCAAGACGAAUCCAUCCAGCUUUUCAUGAUCAGCACCAAGAGCGGUGGAGCGGGCAUCAACCUCGCCUGCGCCAACAAAGUCAUCAUCUUCGACUCGAGCUUCAAUCCCCAGGAUGACAUCCAAGCAGAGAAUCGUGCGCAUCGUGUUGGUCAGACGAGAGAGGUCGAGGUGGUCAGACUAGUCACUAAGGGCACGGUCGAGGAGCAGAUUUAUGCGCUCGGUGUAAGUAAACUAGAAUUGGACAAGAUGGUUCAGGGUGAAGAUACGGACGAUGGGGCGAAGGGCAAGGGGAAGAAGAAGGACGAUGCCGCGGCCGCGGGUGGAUUGAGUAAAGCGGAGGAAGCUGGUAUUGAAGCCGUGGAGAGGAUGAUGAUGGCGCAGCUCAAUGCGCUGCCGGUUGAUGAUAAAGACAAGGUAGACCAAGGGGCGAGUGGCGAGGGGGAUGUUAAAGAGCAGUUUCUGCAGGGCUUGAAGAAGGCGGGGCUGGAUGUUGCUGCCUGAUCAAGUCUUCUAGGAUCACGAAGGGGACGGGUUUUUGUUGGUACAAGUGGCAGAGGACUUGAAAUCAAAGGCAAUUUUGGUUGGACGUGGUUCUCUCUGUACUGUAUAGUAAGGCAUGCAGCGUUGGCGUUUACAAGUCGGGUUUUCCGCAAGUGGAGAUUUCCAGCAGCGUGCAGGUCCAUUGUAUACAGACGCAUAGCACGCCACUUGUUCCGCUAUUUAGAAAUGUAUUCGA